AGACUGGCAGAAAAGUGGCAACAUCGCUAUCCCACCAAAAUAACCUAAAUAAUAAAUUAAAUGAACAAUUUUUGACAAAAAAUUAUAAAUAAUGAAUUCAAGUGAUAGUAUUUAUCACGAAAAACAAGUUAGAGAACUAUGCGCCCUCCACGCCCUCAACAAUUUGUUUCAAACUAAGGGAUAUUUUUCAAAAUUAGAGCUCGACACAAUUUGCCACUCACUUUCUCCCGAUGUCUGGAUUAAUCCUCAUAGAUCCAUAUUUGGUUUAGGAAACUACGACAUAAACGUUAUAAUGAAGGCUUUACAAUGCAAAGGUUACGAAGCAAUUUGGUUUGAUAAACGAAAAGAUCCGAGCUGUUUAAAUUUAGAUAAUAUUUGUGGAUUUAUUUUAAACGUCCCCAGUGAGUACAAAAUUGGUUUCGUUAUGCUACCAUUAAGGCGGAGACAUUGGAUUACGUUACGACAAAUUAACGGAUUCUUUUAUAACUUAGAUUCAAAAUUAGAUGUUCCACAAAUAAUCGGAAACAGUGAAGACUUGUUAGAAUACUUGAAAGAGCAGUUAGAGUGUAAAGACAAAGAACUUUUUCUCGUUGUUCAAAGUGAAGUUGAUAGCAACCAGUCUUGGCUUUUAAAUAAAACCGUAUACACUAACCACGUCAGGGAACGUGAUGCCGAAAUAGUUCAACUGAAAGACAUUGUAAGUGACGGUGUAAAUGUUACAAUCAAUCCCCUGUGUGAUAAACAGACAGACGAUCUAACUGACAAUUGGUGAAAGAUUGUUACAGUAGUUGCAUGUUUUAAUUUCAACCUAAACGGUUCGGAAUCAUAUUACUGGCUGUUUAAUUUAAGCCAAAUUCUCAAAAGUUUUGAUAAUACAUUUUUUGUUAGAUGUAUAUUUCAUAGUGCAAAUAAAGAAACCGGAGAGAGUGUUA